GGAUCCUUAGUCUUCCACAAUGAACCCUGUUUACAGCCCCGUGCAGCCUGGGGCUCCUUAUGGCAACCCUAAGAACAUGGCCUACACAGGUUACCCCACAGCCUACCCGGCAGCAGCUCCUGCCUACAAUCCCAGCCUGUACCCCACCAAUAGCCCCAGUUAUGCUCCAGAGUUUCAGUUCCUGCAUUCAGCUUAUGCAACUCUGCUGAUGAAACAGGCCUGGCCACAGAACUCGUCUUCCUGUGGCACUGAAGGCACCUUCCACCUCCCAGUGGACACCGGGACCGAGAACCGAACUUACCAAGCAUCCUCUGCGGCUUUCAGAUAUACUGCAGGGACACCAUACAAGGUCCCACCAACCCAGAGUAAUACUGCUCCGCCCCCCUACUCCCCAUCACCCAACCCCUAUCAGACGGCCAUGUAUCCAAUCAGAAGUGCCUACCCUCAGCAGAAUCUGUAUGCCCAGGGAGCCUACUACACACAGCCAGUGUAUGCUGCCCAGCCCCAUGUCAUCCACCACACCACGGUCGUCCAGCCCAACAGCAUUCCCUCUGCCAUCUACCCGGCACCUGUUGCUGCCCCCAGGACCAACGGCGUGGCCAUGGGCAUGGUGGCAGGCACCACCAUGGCGAUGUCAGCAGGUACCCUGCUGACUACACCCCAGCACACCGCGAUUGGGGCACACCCUGUCUCCAUGCCAACCUACAGGGCCCAAGGAACCCCUGCAUACAGCUACGUGCCCCCGCACUGGUAAAGCCUGCAGCCCAUCCAAAUCUGGAGUCACACAUUGUAUGCAACUACUCAAGUCUUACACCGGUGCUGGAGCAGUUCCCUAGCAGCACCACCUCUAUUUGCAAGAAGAAACAACAGAAAUGCAAGGGUCACUUUAUGCAUCUUUAAUGGUUUUGGUUUUUAUUUUUGGUUUUUGUAAAAGCUGCUUUUUUUCUAAUCUCCUGCCUCUCCCCCACUAUCCCCCACUUAGCCGCUCCCCUUCCAGCUCUACCCCCUCCUCCCACCUGACCAGGCCAGGUCUUCUCUGCUCUUCUUCUUUCUUCCCAAGCAUCCUAUCCCUGGGGAUUCCAGUCUAGUGGUAAGCAGAGAGUGGGGUUUAUUGCAGUGGUCAUCUGAAGGCUCAACUUCAUUUUAAGAACAUAAACAGAUGUGGCCCUCAGGUCCAGGGUGGGAACUCAGAGCUGUUGAGCAGGCCACAUCUCUGGGGGAUUGUUCCUUUUUUUGUUUUUUCUUAAGCAACAUUAAUUCAGGACAUUACCAUGUCCUGAUACAAAUGAAGUGUCUUCUGAGAACCAUUACAACAGACCAAGAAGAAAACCACCUGAUUAUGUAGGAGUGUUAUUAGCAGCUUAAUACCCCAGGCAAAGAACUUGGGGAAACCGGAGUCUGUCUUUGGGAGAUUUUGGGGGAGGGAGGGCACUGUGGGGAAGGAGAGGGAAGAAGGGGAGAGGUGCUUGCCUGAUGGCUUUGAUUUGAAAAGUCUCUGGCCAAAUUGUCCGGACCUGGACCUUCUGAUUUGCACAGUGAUGUUAACUGACCUGGCACUUCCUCAAAAGGUGAUUUUGACCUCAGACCUGCCAAGCAGCUGCAGGGUGGUGGGAUCCUAGCAUCCAGAGGCCUUGGAAGGCCAGGUACCCUGUGUAAUACAGACCUCAGCCUCUGAGCCCUCCUGGGCCCACUCUGAUGAGGAGCUUCCUCCUGAUUAGAGUGGGAAGCUAUGGCAUGUCUCUCUUUCCCUUCUGCCUUUCCCAGUGCCAGGGCUCACCCGUCUGUCUGUGAGACUGGCAGGCAGGUUACCUUGUGCCAUUCAUGGCCAAAGUGAAGGAACCACAUUCCAGGUCUCUAAAGGUCAGGAUAGUGAAGGAAAAGCAAUAGCAAUAAACAUUUCAUAGACUCAUGGAACUGAAGGGACCUUAGCAAUCAUCUCAUCCAUUCCCUUAUUUGACAGAUGAGGAAACUGAGGCCCAGAGAAGAGGAAAGGGCUUCCCUAAACCUCGCAGUAAAUUAGCAUUAAAUGCAGGCUUCCUACCUAGUGGAUGUUGCCUAGAAAAAUUUACAUAGGGAUGGGUUGGCUUGGUUUUGUAAAAAUUAAGUCAGCAGCACUCAUACCUGGUGAGCUCUGGAGUGGUCUCUGGGCUCUUGUUUCUGCUCUUUUCCUCCAAGGACUCCAAAGGUGGGGGUUGAAGACUGGGCAGAGGCCACUUGGGGGCAGAUGGCCGGAACAGAAAUUAGAAAUGAAGAAAUAGCAUUUGGAAAUUCUGUGAAGACAUCUGGAACUUUUGUCCUGUACCUGACUCCAUCUCUAGGAAAAGGAGCAGGUGGGCUGGCUGAAAAGGAGAGGCCAUGUGUUUAGGACAGUAGCCCCUCAUCCUGAGAGGAGAGAGAGGAAAAAAGUGGGAGCCAUGAGGAGAGAAGGACAAGGAUGAGGCCCAGGAGACACAAGCUCAUCUGGGAGAAGAGGGAACCCUGGGACAAGGACACCCCUGCUAGUCUCAGCCAGGAGCCUGGAUUGCCCAGCACUGCUCUCCUGCACCCAGCGCUUGGCUGGGCCAGCAGCCCCUCUGGGGUGGGGCAGGAACAUUUUAAUGUACAAAAUGGGAUCACUGACAACAUUUGGGACUUAUAAAUAACUAUUUUUAUUUUAAAUUCAUGCAUACUUGGAUAUACCCCUCCCCCUCCAUCCCAUAUCUCCCUAAAGGAGGAAAAACAUCAAGAAACCCUUGGUCCUUCCUGAGGAAGGACCUCAGAAGCUGUCUUUUGGGGGCCUACCCUCCUGGCCUUCCAGGGAAUUUCAGGACCAGUAAGAAAAAAAUCCAGCUGUUCUAAAGGGUCUGUUCUGGGGUGCUGAGGAGGUUUCAUUUUAAAAUUUCCAGUGUUAAUUUUUUUUUUUUUUUUUGCAAAUACCUUCUCCCACCCUCUUUGAUUCUGUAAAGGUGGGUGAAGGUUGUUCUAGAUUAUGUCAUACGUGUUUGAAAAAUGCCAAAAUAAUAAUAAUGAUAAUAAUAAUAGGAAACCUUUGCAUUUGUCAGGUGCUUCAUAGAUUUCAAAGCACUUCACAGCCUUUAAUUUACCGGUCCUGAGAGAGAGACAGGGUCAAAGAUAUUACACCCAUUUGACAAAUGAAGAAACAGGUUAUAGAAGGAGAUGGAAUGAGGCCAAAAUGUGCAGAAUGUUGGCAUCCUGACAGGCUUCCUGGCACCCUGCUGCCUCCAGGUGGGCUAGGGUGGAACUACAAAGAGGGGGGAAAAAAGGAGAAAACCUAGAAAUGACCUUGUAACUUUUGUUAUUUCUAUACCAGUGAGUAAAAACUAACAUCUGUACCUUGCAGUUCGCAGAGCUUAACAUACAUCAUCUGGUUUAACCCUGUGAAAUAGAGAUUAUUCCUCCCAUGAGAUCCACGAGGAAACAGGUUCAGAAAAUUAAAGUGACUUCCUAAUAAGUGACAGAGCCACUUCACUCCCAGGCUGUCUGCUAUCUCUUUCCCCUCCAGUCUGACCUACACACAGGCUCACAUACUGAAGCGUAUGUGUGCAUCUAUGCUCUGCACCCUGUCUUAGCCCCUGAUGUGUAAUUCAAGAUCAAAGGGAGGCCCCAAGGUGAAAAUAAGGUGCUGAGAGGCUGUGGUCUGGAAGAACCCAGGCACAGCACCCCUUUUUCAGUAUGAGCACCAGAGCUCCAGUUCAGCUGGCCUCACCCUCUUGCUUUGACGGAGAUCCACAAGCCUGGCCAAGCUUGGGGAGUCACUGCAAAGGGACUGAGCCCAGGAGAGCAGAGGCAGUCAUGUACCUCUGGUAGGAUGAGCACAGCUCCUGGUAAGGUCACAGGCAUCUGGUGGGAGGUACCGUAGGUAUCAGUCAAAGAUUCUGGAUGGCCCAGUGAUCAAGCUGGACAGAAGGUCAGAGCUGGAAAGACCCUCUCAUUAUAGGAAGGUAGGUAAGCCAGAGAGGAGGACAAGGGAUGUGCCCAUGUGACAUACCUGUAGUGUUGGUACCAGUAUGCAAACCCACAUCACUGCCUCUCCUCCGGUCUAACACCUUGGUGGCCAGGGUCAUGGGUAAAGGUGGUAAAAGUCACCAACCAACCCCUCUUGGCUUCAUCCCUUGCUAUCUAACUCCCUCUCCUCACCAGCCUAGGCCCAGGAAGUUUGAGUCUGGAAGCUGCAUUGCCCCCAAAUAGUGAAAACUUGAAACAAUCUUUUGCCACAUUUUGAAAAAAAAUACAUAAUUUCUUCCCCAUGAGAUAGGGCAGUUUCUGUUCUUUCUCUUUCUCAGCUGGCAGUGACCCUAAAGUGUACAUUCCCUUCCCUAAAUAUUCAGUAGGGACACGGACACACACACACACACACACAGCUGUUUUGGUAUGCAAAGCACUUUGCCAAAAUCUCCAUUUUAUAGAUGGAAAAUCUAAGGCUCAGAAGGCUUAAGAGACUUGCCAAAGGUCACAUGGCUCAUAAAUGAGAGCCAAGAUUUGAACUCUUCAAAUUCUCUGCUCUUUCUGUUGCCACCUGCUGGGUCUCUGAGUGGCAAGCAUGAAGAAGGGAGGGGCUACCUGUCUGUCCCCAAACAGAGGAAGACUUUAUGGAGACCCGGGAAGGUCAGUCCCCUCAGCUGAGCAGAUUUUUAUGAACUUCUACUUUGGGCCAGAACCUGGGCCCUGGAGACCCAGAGGCAUAUCCAGCUGGCAGCACAGGGAGGAUGAGAAUUUGCUGCAAAAGGCCUAACUUGAACAAAACAUUUUGGGGGUCACGAUGCCCAGGACUGAAGACAUGUUCAAGGACAGCACUAGGCUUCUUUCUAUUGAAAGACCAAUGUCCCUGGGAAGACUGCACACCCUCACUUUCUGACCCCUGAGAGACUGCCCACUGUCCAGACCCAAAGAAUUGGCACUUCAGGGGGACCUGGUGUAGUCUUGAAUGGCCAAAAGCAUAUCUGGACUGAAGUCCUUGGGCUUGCUUUUCCCGUGGGAGGAACCAGUACCUAGAGACAGAGCAAGGAGGCUCCAUACAUCCUGAUCCUUACCCUUGGCCACCCAGAUUGUUCCACAGAGGGACUGCUUUGUCCUGAAUGGCGUUCAGAAACAAUUCACACGGAGCAUAAAAGUAGGACAGGCCCCUUAGUCACCAAGUUCUGGCAUCCUCAUGCAGACAGGACUCAUGUGGGGUCCCAGCGAGGCACUGGCUGAGCCAGGCCUGGAGCCUUGCAUAUCAGAUAUCAAAUUCCUUGGUUCUGCUCUGGUCAGAUGGGACAGGCCCUACUCUGGGCCCUGUGGUCUUCAUCAUAGCAUUCUGGCUGGAUCGGUCAUUUCUAUAUCACCAUGCCUCUUCCUCAACUGCAGUUGAGUGAAAAUAUGUGGACGCUCUGCUUUUCCAUCCUGUAUUCCACCAUGUCACUACUGGGUGUGUGGCCCCCAGCUGCUUGCCAAGAUUGGAAAUCCAGAGAGGGGCAGGUUGGGCAGUGGAGUGGCCAAGUAGGAAGCAGGCUUCAGGCUAGAGUGCAGCCCCUGGGGAGUCCAGGUGCCACCCAUCUCUGAAAGCAGGAUCACCGUGGAAGAAACCCAGCUAGGUUAACUGAUCAGAUUCCAUACCUGAGCCUCUGAGAGCUCAGGCUUUGGUGGGCAUGCCAGGCUGGUUGCAGGGUUUGCCCUUUACUUAUCCAUGUCCCCCUCUCCUAGAAAACUUCUUGUUUCUGAAAUUAGCCAUUACCUGGAUACAGGGCCCAACCUGCAAAAUUCCUGGCAGGCCAGUUUCAACAUUCCAUGGCCAACCCUGCCUGAGCCAGACUUGGGUACCAUGCCCUCAGUUUCUCCAGAGGUAUUUCCUGUCUUUCAUGCUGUUGAGUCUAUCUCCCAGAGGCCAACUGAGGAACCCAGGAGUUGGGACUGACUGCCACAAAGCCAGAAGGGGACAUGACAUCACUUGCUUUCCUGUGGCUGUGAUAUCCUUGUUAGGGCAGUGAGGCCCUAUACCCAUUCCAGCCCCUGGUAGAGGGGGGAUUUUCCUUUCUGUAGAGAAUAGAUAUAACAACUUCGCAGAUAAGUACCAGCCCAAAUGGAACCAAAUGGUGACAGCACCUUUGGGCCUGACCCCAGCAAGACCAGCAUCUCCAGGCUCCAGCAUUCUUCCUUAUGCCCAAGAGAGUCAAGGAGAGAGUGGACUGGCCCAGAGACCUCCUUGGGUCAGCCAGAUUGUCUGGAUCAAUGGUGCGACUCAAGCUCUUCCUUACCCUAGAGGAGGUAAGGACAGGCCUCUAGCAACUUGGAGUUGUCUGCAGUGAUCUUUAAAGGUUCAAAGGCCUGUCCGCAACCUGACUUCAAGGCAUCUGCAUCCCUGUUUCAUAUCACAUGACAGAGAAACCUGUUCUCAUGGCAUGUAACAUCCCUGUGAAGAGAGCGUUGUAUAUGAUUUUGUAUUUUUUAAUUUUUAAUCUACAGGUUGGAAUCUAAUUUUUAAAUUUUAUUGGAACUCACAUUUUAAAAAUAAAAACAUUUAAAAUAAUAAUAGUAAUAAUAAUAAUAAACCUUUGACCAGUGUCUUCCAAGUAGUUUGAUCAAAGAAUUUAUAGGUGUUUUGAAAACACAGCCUGGAGUGUAAAGAUUGGCAAUCCCCAUGGCCUCGCUUGUGUGUAUGAAGUAUAAAUCUGGUUUUGUUUUGUUGUUUUGGA